AUGGAAUUGGUGAAGGAGAACCAAAUACUCUUUUUGGAUGUCCUAGUAAAAAGAGUGGGUGAACAUUUAGACCAAACAGUAUACCGAAAACCUACACACACCGAUGGGUAUCUACAUAAACUAUCUAACCAUCAUCCUAGUCAAAAACAAGGGGUCAUCAAAACAAUAACCGAAGGAGCCAAAAGGAUAUGUACCACACACCACCUCGCUGAAGAACAAGAACACUUGGAAAAAACACUACAGGCCAACGGAUGCAAACGCUUAGAAAUAAGACGUACAAUGAGACCUCAUACUAAUAAUAAAGAUCCACCUAGUGAGCCCACAAUUGUCUCAGAUCUGCCAAAGAUAGGAGAGACCAUCAAACAGCUUCUGGGAUAUACCGCAUACCAUGCUCUUGCGGAAAAGUAUACAUGGGUACCUGAAAACGUUCAAUAG